UCAAAGAUGGAUCUGCAAAUCUCAGUUUUUCUUCUGUUCCUUCUUCUCACUGCAGGUUUCAGCUGUUAUGAGUGUUCGGGUUUUGUGGGUUGUGCAAUUCCAUAUAUAGAAACAUGUCCCAGUGGAUUUUCCAAGUGCUUGAGUGUAACAACAGCAACACUAAUUGCUGGCGUCAGUUUUAAAAAAAGGUUUAAAGACUGUGUUGCUGACUGUGCAAAUGGAUCCAUGAGCCAGAGCACUACAAAACAUUCUUCAGUGUGCUGUAACACAGAUCAGUGUAAUGCCCAAGAUGCUCCAGAUCCCUCUAUUGUCCCCAAUGGAAAGACAUGUUACACUUGUGAUGAGGAUAGCUGCUCACACAUAUUGAGCUGUUCGGGAAGUGAAGACCACUGCUUUGAAGCAACAGUGAAAGUGACUGCUGAGCUGUCAGGAGUUAUUAAAGGUUGUCUCUCUAAAUCUUUUUGCAAUAGCUCAGACUUGUUUCCUUCUAUGAGUGAAGUCUUUUGUUGCAAGGGGAACCUGUGUAACAGUGCUGAGAGCGUCACUCAGAGCUUCCUGUUCCUCUGCAGUUCUCUGCUCUGCUUAAUCCUGCUGUACUGA